UGGGCUGAUUUCAAGAAGCUUGCCUUCUGCUUGUUUAUUUAUUUUUAUUUUUUUCAGAUUUUGUAUGGCAUGCUUACUUUUACACAAAAAGCAACUUGUGAUUUGACGUUAAAAUGGCCUUAACCAUCCAAACAACUUUUCCAUGCCUUGAAUCGUUCGCUUGAGCUCCUUCUUAGCUUAGCUAUAAAAGCAACUAGAGAUGGACAAAGGUAAACCAGAAAUGCUACCUCCACCUCCUCCUGUGGUGCCACCGAAUGUUGUACCACAGAAGGUAGCUAUCGGCAAACGGAUUCCCAUGGCUAGGCCUGGAGUUGCCACAAGAGGCAGAAAGAUCUCAUUAUUGGUUAACCAUUUCAAAGUUACUGUUAACAAAACUGAGGGCUAUUUUUUCCACUACAGUGUUUCAAUUAAAUAUGAAGAUGGUAGCCCUGUUGAUGCAAAAGGGAUUGGGAGAAGGAUACUAGACAAAGUUCAUGAAACUUAUGCUGCUGAGCUGGAUGGAAAAAAGUUUGCAUAUGAUGGUGAGAAGAGCUUGUUCACCAUUGGUCCCCUGCCUCAUAACAAGCUAGAGUUUACUGUGAUUCUGGAUGAAAUUGCCUCAAAUAGGAACACUGGGAGUGGGAGCCCUGGAGCUGAUGAUGACCUUGUUAGGAAGCGUCUGCGCAGGCAGCCUCGUUCAAAGACAUACAACGUGGCAAUAAGCUAUGCAGCAAAGAUCCCGAUGCAAGCCAUUGCCAAUGCACUUCGAGGGCAAGACUCGGAGCAUUUUCAGGAAGCCGUAAGAGUGCUAGACAUCAUUUUGAGGCAGAAUGCUGCUCAACAGGGAUGCCUUUUAGUUCGUCAGUCCUUCUUCCACAACGAUGACAGAAACUACGUGGACUUGGGAGGUGGUGUCUUUGGUUGCCGUGGUUUGCAUUCAAGUUUCAGAGCAACACAGGGAGGUCUUUCAUUGAAUAUGGAUGUAUCAACCACCAUGAUUGUUAGGCCUGGACCAGUGAUCGACUUCCUUGUGUUUAAUCAAAGCAUUAAUCAUCCCUCACAAAUUGAUUGGGUUAAGGCAAAAAGGACAUUGAAGAAUCUGAGGGUCCAGGCAACUAAUUCCAACAGGGAAUACAAGAUCAGCGGGUUAAGUGACUUCAUAUGCAAGGAGCAAACGUUCUCAUUGAAACAAAGAAGUGGAGCAAGUGAAGCACAAGAAGUGGAAAUAACUGUCUAUGAUUAUUUUGUUCAUCACCGCAAUAUCCAGUUGCAGAUUUCAGGAGAAAUGCCAUGUCUGAAUGUUGGGAAACCAAAGCGCCCCACUUACAUUCCUGUUGAGCUAUGCUCUUUGGUAUCCCUUCAACGUUAUACUAAAGCUUUGUCCAAUUUUCAAAGAGCUGCACUUGUAGAAAAGUCUCGGCAAAAGCCUCAUGAGAGGAUGCGUGCCUUGCAAAAUGGCCUGACAAAGAGCAACUAUGCUGGUGAACCUCUUCUGAAAGCUGCUGGAGUUGCAAUCAGCAAUGACUUCACUCGUGUUGAGGGCCGUGUCUUGCCACCACCUAUGCUGAGAGUUGGCAAUGGAGUGGAUUUCACCCCAGCAAGAGGAAAGUGGAACUUUAACCAGAAGAGACUAGUUGAGCCCGUGAGGAUAGAAAAAUGGGCUAUGGUGAACUUCUCUUCUCGUUGCAAGAUGGAAAAUCUGAGUAGAGACUUGAUAAGAUGCGGCAAUAUGAAAGGAAUAGUCAUAAAAGAACCUUAUGUAAUGAUCGACGAGACGCCACAGUCAAGGCGCAGCCCUGCUCCUAUCAGGGUAGAUGAGAUGAUUCGCAUGGUCAAGUCGAAGCUUCCUGGCCCCCCUCAGUUUCUCCUCUGCAUUCUGCCAGAUAGGAAAAAUUCUGAUCUCUAUGGCCCAUGGAAGAAGAGGAAUCUUUCUGAACUUGGUGUGGUGACUCAAUGCAUUGCUCCUGGGCCGCGCAUCAACGACCAGUACUUUACAAACGUGCUGCUGAAGAUCAAUGCCAAGCUUGGUGGCCUGAAUUCAAUGUUAACUACGGAACACGCUCAUCCAAGGCCACUACCCCUGGUUUAUAGCAAACCCACUCUUAUUAUAGGAAUGGAUGUUUCCCAUGGUUCACCUGGUCGAGAUGUCCCCUCUGUUGCUGCGGUUGUCAGUUCAAGGCAUUGGCCUUUAAUCUCAAAAUACCGAGCUGCAGUUCGUACUCAACCGCCAAGAUCUGAAAUGAUUGACAGUCUGUUCAAGCCAGUUUCUGAAACUGAGGAUGCUGGCAUUUUCAGGGAGCUACUGGAUGACUUCUACAAAAGCUCUGGCCGUAGACCUGAACAAAUAAUCAUUUUCAGGGAUGGAGUGAGCGAGUCCCAGUUCAACCAAGUUCUAAAUGUUGAGCUAGAGCAGAUCAUUCAGGCUUGCAAGUUUCGAGAUGAGAAAUGGCAUCCCAAGCUCAUGCUCGUUGUGGCACAGAAGAACCACCAUACCAAGAUUUUCCAAGCCAACUCUCCUGACAAUGUCCCCGAAGGAACCGUGAUUGACAACGUAAUUUGUCAUCCGAGAAAUAAUGACUUCUACUUGUGUGCUCAUGCUGGCCCAAUUGGAACAACACGACCUACGCACUACCAUGUCCUAUACGAUGAGCUCGGCUACUCUCCUGAUGACUUUCAGGAGUUUGUGCUUUCCUUGUCAUAUGUGUACCAGAGAAGCACCACUGCCAUCUCCAUAGUUGCUCCUAUAUGCUAUGCGCAUCUUGCUGCUGCCCAGAUGUCUCAGUUUCUGAAGUUCGACGACUUCUCCGACAAGUCGUCGAGCCAUAGUGGCGGAGGCGCGCCGGCUGUGCCUGAGCUGCCGGUGCUGUGUGAGAAUGUCCGCAGCUCAAUGUUCUUUUGCUGAGUGCCACAUGUGACCAAAAUCAGCUUUGCAUCUCUCUGCUAAAUUAAAUACUCGGAACUUAUUUUUGAUCAUCUUUUUGCUUCUGAAACUAUGUUCCACGUUACUGCUGUUCUAAGUUAUUCAAUUGUUAGAACGUACUAACAUUUGCUGCAAUUCGAAAUUUUAUUAUUCGAAUUUGAAUACAAUUGCAUACCCUAAUUGAA